CCUGAUUUUGCCAAGUCCUCGUUGUCCUGAGACCAAUAUUUUUUUAUGAUGACCCUGGGACAACAACUGCCUCAGCCAAUCAAAGUUUAUGACGUCAUCACUAUGUGCGCAGUGCAGAGUCCGCCAAAAUAACAGUAACGCCCCUCUUACAAAUUCAAAGAAAAGAAAAACUGUCCUGCAUCUGCAACCACCGUGAUACCAGAGAAGAUAGCAAGUAAAAGGUAAGACCACAACUUUUUAAUUUCUCGUAUAAAUUUAUAUCAGUAUAUUAAUGAUAGUACAAUUCAUAUUUCUUUUUAGAUUAUUUUUACCACCGAAGUUUUAACGUUAGUUUGCAUUGGAAAGUUAGCCUAAAUAAAACAGUCUGAUAAAUGUUGUUUUUACAUUUAUUUCAUUUUUUAUAUCGUGCCAAACUAUAAAAAGGCUGCGAUUAAAUACUGGCCGUAUUGCGAUCUUAUUUUCUGCCGGUUUAGCGCUCGGACUGCCGCCACCACAAAUUUUCUUAAUAUUUCUCUCGUUAACAUGUAAAGUUACUUCACUGUGCCAUUGUCCAUUUCCGUUUCGUUGCGUCCAGUAGCAUUCAAAGACAAACGUCCGAAAUGCGGAACAAAACAGCGCUAGUUUGCUCGCCGCACGGACCAUUCAGCUCGGUCCACCAUCAGACAGUACUGCAAUUCGCUGCGAGAUCCAGAUUUCGACAUCAGAGAUGGAGGAAUUCAUAAAAACAACGGUCUACAAAGAGGAGCGCUUUAAAGGAAACAAAAAAGAGACUGAUAUAACAGUCCAUGUUUUAGAAAAGGAUUUAGAUGCCUGUGCAUUUAUACAGCAAAGACUCACUACCAUAAACACCUCCAAAGAUGCCAACUUCAGGACUGUGAAUUCUGCAAGUUUGCAAAAUCAAAAAAAUGGAUAUUUCUUGUUUUCAUGCAAACGGUCUGGAGCAUGCACGCAACGAAGUCAACGUGCCAAAGGAUGCAAGGCCUAUGUUUCCUUUAAAAAGAGGACAGACUGGCUCAACAAACUGGUUAUAGUCGAAAGGCUUUACACCAUUCAUUCAGGACAUGACCCAUCAAGUUCUUCUGAGGGCCACUUAGAAAACAUUAGUCAAGAGCUAGUCAAGCAUAUUCAGGAUUUAAUAUCUCUUGUUGUUAAACCAGACACAAUUCUCCUAAAAUCACAUGAGUGGUCAAAAGAACAAGGACAUACUGAUCUCAACAACCGAGCUUAUUUUGUUACCCCAAAAGAUAUUGAAAAUAUUCGCACAUGUAUGAUGCGAAAAAAUCAGCAACACAAAGAUGAUGCCACUAGUACCUCACGCCUUCUGGAGGGCCCUUUUAAAGACUAUGUUAUUUUUUAUCAGCCUUAUAGUCCUCAAACAGAUCUUGUCAUAGUUCUGCAAACACUGUCCAUGAGAGACAACCUUCAAGAAUAUGGAAGAGAUAUUGUUUUUAUGGAUGCGACACAUGGUGUCAACCAGUACGGUUUUCCUUUAUUUACAUUACUUGUCAGGGACAGUCAUGGUCAUGGAAUCCCUGUUACCUAUAUCAUCUUGGGGAAUGAAAAGCAAGAGACACUUCAUUUGGCACUGGAAGAACUGAAACCAACAUUUCCUGUACCUCCGAGGAACAUGAAUUUAAGAAGAAAUCUGAGAUGUUUCACUGCCAGUUUAAGAACUUAAAAGAUGUCUGCAAGUACUUCAGGAACCACUGGGAGACAAUUGGUCAUCUGUGGUCUAACUUCGGAAGAUGUUAUAAGCAUGGAGACUCUGACACAAACAAUCUAAUAGAACGGUAUUUAUAAUUUUUAUGCAUGUUUACUGCAUUAUGUAUUUUUGGACUUGCUAGUGUAUUUUGGAAGCUAGUGUAGUGUUUUGAGUAUUUAUUAAUUUGUUCAAAAGUGUACAUUGUAAUAAUUCCAACCUGUUGCUGCACUUCAUUCUGAUCAAAUUUUCCCCCUUAUAGUUUCUUCCACCGUUUAAAAUACCAAUUCCUCUGUGGCAUCCGCAAUCGUAGAUUGGAUCAUUUGAUUGCUGUGCUGCUGAACAAGACUGACAAGUACUUCAAUAUAAUACAGGAUUUGCAGUCUGUUGGGAGGGUCAGUA